GCCUCAACCGCACAGCUCGAUCGAUUCGCAUUGAUUGUCCCUGACGAGCUGCUCCACUUUCUAGCCAAUGUCAGCCAGUCUGCGAUCGGGAAGGAGAGAAAUGAAGGAAAAUCUCUGCCGCCCUGGCGGUGUCAUUUCCACACACUUGGGUUGGCCGCCUGCCAGCAGACAGGACAGUCGAAAGAGGUGGAGUGGACUCUGGGGCUGAACGAGAGGAGGAACAAAACCAGGAACGGGGUUGAAAUCUGUCAGUCUUGCAUGUGGAUAACCUCUGUUCUCCAUGUGAACUGAUAAGGAGUGAGUUUACCGUGUGUUAUCUCCUGACAAAGAGGCUUAUUUUUGUGCGUAAAGGAUGCGCAAUGAAAUAGGAAGAGAUUUAAUCGAAAUAGGAAUCACAUCGGUUACAGCUGUUUAAUAACAGACACAAUUACGCAUGUUCUAAUGUUAUUUUUUUUCAUUUAUGUUUAUUUUAUUUUGUAAUUAACGUCUUCAUAUAACACAAUGUAAGUUGUUAUUCGCCUUUAUCUGGCUACAAAACCAAUACAAGUUAGAAAAUACUGGAUUGGCGCACAUGUUUACUUUCAGAACUUUUUGACUCCUCGUUACUUUUGAAUUUAAACUGAAUUAAAUGUUGUCGCAGUCAUCGUGGAACAUGUAUUAAAUUCUCACAGGAGCCCAGGGCUUUAUUCUGAAACAUCUCCUCAGUCCUCCUCUGGUCCUGAGCCGCUCGGCCUCUCUCCGUUUGUUAUGGCCUCAGCUGAAGUGCGCGCAUCGCAAAAGUCCAGUUCGGUUUUUCCGCGAAGCUCCAAAAAUCUAUGAAAUGUGUUUGCAUGUUCCUCUCUGCAAGCGGGGAUGUAGAGGUGGGAUUGCAAGGACCGAGAAAGCUGGGGGAACCCACGCGUUCAGCCUCUGAGAAAGUACGCUUUUUCCAAAAUAACUGACGGUGAAUCAUUUUUUUCUUUUCUCAUUUGUUAUCAACAAGCGGCCACUCUGUAGGAUUGUGUUGUCGGAGAAUAAGCUUUUUUUCUACCCUUUUCUUUUUUGUCACCAUUCUGCACGGCAGGCUGAGAGACGGACCGCUCGGACUGUGGGAGCCCUCCCCUCUGCUCGGAUCUGCUUUGUUUCCAGAUUGCCCAUGGAAGAGCGUGGAUGAGGGCUGAGCUGUAGUGCGGGCAGAGGGCUCCGGAGCCUGCCUGGUAGACCAGUCCGUCAGGGUGAGACCUUACUCUCACCAGUACGCAGAACGGACGGAGAACACGGAGGAAAGGUCUUCGCUCCCCCUCCUAGCUCACCCCUGUCCCCUUUCCACCCUCACCCCCAACCCGGGCACGUAAGCUCUGGACCAUGUCUAGCGGGCUGUCGGAGGGGGGCCGGACAGAGGACCUGGAGCGGAGUAGCUGCAGACAGGACUCUCCCAUCGUAGAGCGCAGGAACCGCAGUGGCAUCAUCAGCGAGCCCCUCAGUAAGAGCCUUAAGAACUCCCGCACCCUCUCCCAGUACACAGCCGUCUCCUCUGCUACCACCAAUGGACACAAGGACAAUAGUGAGACUAAGGCCAAACCCCAGCCACCCCCUCAACCCCAGCCCACUGUCUCUGCACUGACAGCAGCCAAGUUGGACCGGACCCUAGAGCAGGUUCUGGAGGGACAGAACGGCCUGCUGCACUUUGCCCAGGCAGCAGCACUCUUAAAGCGGGCCGGUAUGGAGCACAUGCUCCUGCCUGGGGGCAUGGGAGUGGGAGUUGGCGGUGGUGAUGCAAGCUCGGGGGCUAGCGACUUGGAGGGUACGUCUGUCACGGACGCCGUAGGUGGUCCUGUUGACUUCCCAUAUGGAGUAGGGGGUGGCUUCCCCUUCAACCCGGGGCUUUUCAUAAUGACGCCGGCUGGAGUGUUUCUGGCGGACAGCGCACUACACAUGGCUGGCCUGGCUGAGUACCCGGCACAGAGCGAGUUGGCCUCUGCUAUCAACUCCGGUAAAAAGAAGCGAAAACGUUGCGGCAUGUGCCCACCUUGCCGACGGCGGAUUAACUGCGAGCAGUGCAGCAGCUGCCGGAAUCGCAAAACAGGCCACCAGAUCUGCAAGUUUCGCAAAUGUGAGGAACUGAAGAAGAAGCCCUCUGCUGCUCUGGAGAAGGUGAUGCUUCCUACAGGAGCGGCGUUUCGGUGGUUCCAGUAGGACUCCUCCUCCACUCCCUACCCAAAGCUCUGCCAUCAAGUGCAAUGCCAACUCUUGGAUUGUCUCCGGAACAGACACUGGCUAAAAAACAAACAAGCAACAACUAAAAUGCUCGGAAAAAAACAACAAAAAAUAAAAACAAAAACAAAGCAGUAAAAAAAAAAAGAAAAAAAAGAAAAAAAAAUCAGUCGGGUAAUGGAUGCACCUACUUAUUCCUUGAACCAAAAAUGAAGCGUAAAGAAAAGCAUCUAUGGCAACUUUCAUUCCCUUUUCUAUGUUUCCAUUUUGGUACCUUUUGUCCUUUUUCCAGCAGGUUUUUUUCUGUCGCUUAAACAUGGAACUGUUCAUUGCCGGAAACAGAAAUGACGGACUGAGUGUGGACAAUCAACUAAUUUCUGUGUUUGGUGUUAAUGUUGUUCAUGUGUGGAAAGAUACAGUACUUGUGUAGAGAAUGUAAAUUUACAGCUAUAUUUUAAAACUAGUGGCUAAUGGCAAACAUUAUUGUAAUUCUUCAACAUUAUGUUACUUAAACCCUUGUCUAUUUUAUGAUUCAUUUUGUCAAAGGACAUGGUUUUCGGACAGAUCAGUGGUCGUCUUUGAAAAACAAAUUGUGGCACUGUAGAUUUCACAUUGAAGCAAACCUAAAAAGAUAGUCCUGCUACUGGGCAGAUUUCCAGAGACUCUUCACUGGGUUGAAGAUGCUGUUCGCCAGAGCCGUCACUACUGUAAUCUCCUCAAUCAGCCCUUUUCUGCAUUUCCAAACUUUUUCUUUAGUGAAACUGGCAGCCUUAUGUUACUGUGGCCCUACUGAGCAUGUGCCAAUACUGCUCAGGGCAAUAGCACUAAGAGACAGCACUUGUUCUGAGUCUACCCUACUGAACGCACUGAGACAAGAUUACAUUUUUUAUUUGUUUAUUUGUUUUAUUUUCAUUAUUUUUGUUAUGUUGCUGGAUAGCUACAGCUUUUAAGAAUAACCAAUCUUUGUAUUCGUUUAGAAAAUUGGACUGGUUUUGUGAAUAAAAAGGAAUGCAUGUAUUCGUGUCAAAAUUUACAA